AUGUCAUUAGAAUUAAUAUCUGAAUUCGAUCCAUUUUUGGCCCAAAAUAUUAAUAAAUAUGGUAAUGCCGGUCGAGGAUCAACAUCAUAUUUAUCAUCAACUGUUUUUGAAGAAGUAAUUUCUAUUAUGGCGGAAAAAGUAAACAAAUAUUCUGUUGAUGAAAUUAAACGUAGAAUUUACUUUUCCAUUAUAGUUGAUUCAACUCCUGACAUUACGCACAUUGAUCAGCUUUCCUUUAUUGUGAGAUAUGUAAAUGACCAAGGUCUACUAGUUGAACGAUUUCUUGAAUUUAUACCAAAAGCGGGUCAUAAGUCUGCAGAGUUAUUUGAUGUAGUCAAUGAUCUCAUAAAAUUUUACGAUUUGGAUUGGUCCAACUGUAGGGGACAAUCAUAUGACAACGCUAAUAAUAUGUCCGACAUACAGUUCAAAAGAAGAAGUUAA